AUGAGGCCCAAUCGCAUUCUCCGCCAAGCACAGCGUGCAGCUCAGCUGAACUGGUUGCUGCAGGCGCACGGCGGUGAUGAAGCCGCAGAAGACUGCCGCAGCACCUCCCAUGUCACACUUCAUCCCGGUCAUAAAGUUAGACGGUUUCAGCGACAGGCCGCCGCAGUCAUACACAAUGCCUUUUCCGACCAGUGCAACCUUCUUCUUCGCUCCAUCCUUGGGUGCGUACGACAGCGUGACGAGGCGUGGCGCCUCAGGUGCGCCUUUCCCCACCGAAUAGAUACCACCGUAGCCACGAUCGCGCAGCUCCUCACCGCAAACGACGUCAAUGGCGCAUCCCAGGGUUUUGGCAUAGCCCUGCGCGAUCUCUGUAAAUGUGGCAGUGUUCAGCAGAUUUGUUGGGGCGUCCACGAGGCGCUGGCAGAGCUGCGUGGAGGUCGCAAUGACGGUCAAUUCUUUCGGUGA